AUGUCUAGUCAAGUCGUGGACAAGAUCUUCGAUACAGGAUUCGAGUGGUUCAAGAAGAUAGAAAGCAUGAACCAACGGGUCAUCGCAAAUGUCAAAGAAAUGGGAACCAAGUCCGCGGGGAGCGCGAGAGACGUUGUAGAGCCAAAUGCUCCUCUGCUUGGCCCAGGAUAUAGUGCUUGGACGCGAGGUUUGUACCAGGCAGCCUCCGUGGCCGGGCUUGGCGCUGCAGGAUUCCUGCUGUUUAAGCUCGGAUGUAAAAUCAUUCCGGAAGCGCCAGCACACCUGAAGCAGGGUGACAAAAGAUGUGUGCUGCUGUUUGGCCAAACGCGCGACCCAAUUACUCGCCAGAUCGUUAUGGAUCUUUACAGGCGUGGGUUUGUAUUGUUCGUGUGCUCAGAGCAUGGGGCAGUGCAAAAUGACGACGACGGACUUUUCCACAUCAAGCACGAGGAUCUGCACAAUGUUGUCAAGUACUUACAAGAGGAGAACUCUACACUUUCGUCCAUUCUCAUAGUACCGAACUCUGCUUACUACCCCUCCGGAGCCAUUACUACGUUAUCAUCCACGGUAGUACAGACAGAACUUGAGCAGAAUGUUUUCACUCAUAUGAGGGCUCUGCUCAAGCUCCUGCCUCACUUGAACUGCAAGCUGCAAAUUUUAAUGUUCACCCCGUCUCUGCCCCAGCAUUUUGGUAUUCCUCACCAUUCCGCAGAGUAUUUUGUGUCGGGUCUAAUGCGCUCCUUUUACUAUGCCAUCAAAAACGAGUACCCGCGUGUAAGCACUUAUUUGUGCCAUUUGGGAAUUCUUAAGAUAGCAGGAAGCCCAAGCAACUUCAAGUAUCUUUCAUUGAAUGGCUCAAAUAUGAAUAGCUCCCUUUUGACCCCUCUAUAUCGGCUCAUUAUUUCAAGUUCAAGUUGGUGGCUGCGACUUCGGGAAGCUUUUAGCGGGAGCCAAAGGUUUUUCGGUAAAGGAAGCUGGAUUGGGUAUUACUUAGGGCGUUGGCUACCGCCAUCUGUUCUCAAGCUUCUGUAA